AUUUUCAAAUUAGUUAACGUAUUUCAUCAUCAUCAUUAACGAGAUUAUGAACAACAAUUCGAAAUCAUCGCCUACUCCACCACCACCACCGUCGCAGCCAUCUUCGUUGCAAUCAUUAUUUGAAUCAUCAAAUUCGGCUACAAUGAAAUUAUGGAAUCAAACAACACCAACAUCGAUGCGAAAAUUAACACGUACAGAUUCAACAUAUGAAGAUGAUUCUUUUGAUGAUUCAACAACAUCGAUGAGAGAUAUUAUACCUUCUCAUCUUCAACAUCUUCAACAUCAUCAUCUUGGUCAUUUAAAUCGUCGUCAUCAUGUACUGCGACAACAAUGGUUUAGUCGAAAAAAUAGUAGUAACAAUAAUAACAAUCUUGUCAAUCGAUUACGACGUACAACAUCGAAUUCUUCUUCAUCAUCAUCAUUAUCGUCGUCAUCAUCAUCGGCGACAACAUCAUCGGGCAUAUCAUCGGCCAACAAUAUUUAUUCAUCAACAUCAUCAUCAUCAACAAACAAUGUUAAUUCAAUAUCGUUUGCAUCAUCAUUUUCAUCAUCAUUUUCGGCUACAUUAUCAUCAUUAUCGGAAUCAUGUGAUCAACAAUCAUUAUCAUCAUGUGAUUCACCAAUACCAGCGACUACAACAACAACGGUAAUCGAUACCUGCAACAAUAGUAACAGUAUUUGUGAUUAUCCGAAAAUUCUUCGAAAAUCUUCAUUCAAAAAUAAAUUAAUUCAUUGUUAUAAGCCAUAUAAUUAUGGUAAAUCAGCAGCUUUAAAUACGGGCUCUGUACGUCGAUAUUCAUUACAAUUGCAUCUAAAGAAAAAUAAUAAAUUAGAAUCACUUUUAUCAUCAUCAUCAUCAUUGAUGAUGAUUUCACCAACACCACCUUCUAGUAGACCGAAUUCUCGAUCUUCGAUAAUAAAAAAUUCAAAAUCUUGUCAUCAGAUAACUGGUCAUCAUCAUUAUCAUUGUCAUCAAAGAGAUAGACGAUGUUUAUGGGCAACUAUGGCAGCAAUGGCAGCUGUUGUAUCGAAUUCAGUCGUAUCAAAACCAACAGCUAUGAUCAAAUCUAAUCCAUCAUCACCAAAUAAAGAGGAACGUUAUUUUUCCGAAACAAAUUUUCCCGAUUCGAUGAAUGAAGAAGAUGAAACAAUAGCUUCAAUUCUAAUCGAUAACGAUUCAUCAUCUCCUCAGCCAUUGCAACAACAACAACAAGCAAUUGGAAGUGAUAUUAAUGUUCCAUCACAAUUGAUUCGAUCGAAAUCGUUGGAUGAUCUUCAAACAUUAUUUUGUUGUCCGAAUCUAUGUGCUGUAACAGUAGCUACCGGUAGCUGUAAUGCUCAGCAGCCAGUUGCAACAAUAUUUCCCGGUUCAACAAUGGAUAAUAUAAUGUUAUCAUCCAGUAAUCAUCAACCAACAACGAUAUCUACUGGCUGUCAUAAUGGUAUGAUUCAUUAUUCAUCAUUCAAUCCGAUACCUUGUGAUCAUCAAUCAUCAUCGAACAACAAUACUCCCAACGACCAAAUUCAACCAAAGAUAACUGAUCAAUUAGUAUGUCCUUUUUUCUCACAACAACAACAACAACCACCGUCACAAUUAAAUCCAGAUCAUUCAUAUCAAUCGCUCAAUCCAUUGAUGAUGAAAAUGACAAGUAUAUCAUCAAAUCAGAUUAAUGUAAUCGAUAAUGAUGAUCGUUUUUCAUCCACAUCCACAUCAACAUCCACUAAUAAUAAUAAUAAUCAUAGCAACAACAAUAACAAUAACGAUAGUAAUAAUUGUGAUAUUGAUCAUGUAAUGAGAAAAAUUCGUUCAUUACAUGUUUAAAAAUGUUUGUCUUGAUUUUUGUUUGUUUGUUUUGAAAGGGUUAGGGAUGGCAUUCUAUCAAAAUUCGUGAUUUUUUUUCUUUCCUUAUUAUCAUUAAUGAUGAUUCCCUGA